GCUCCCGCCACCCGCUCCCUCUCCCUACUGCUCCCACAUCGAUCUUUGGAUCAGUUACCAGAGGAGAACAUCAUUCAGAAGUCGGCGUUCUAUGACUACCACCGCUUCAUUGACGUCAAGAAGAUAGUGUACGAGGAAUUGUCAUCAGGUCUCUGGUUGAAAUAUAAAAAGUGAGGUUUGAAAUAGUGUGCAGAGUUCUCGCGUGUUGAUCAUUAAUUCAUCAAAUCUCAGAGAUGAUGAGACCUUAAGCAAAGAAGAAGAAAACAUUACCACCACUUGGCUUGGCUGCCGCUGUUGCACAAUUACAAAGAAGAAGUACUACACAACAAAUGAAAAAUGUAGUAUCUGAUCAACCUAUUAAUGAGGAACAUAUACCAUCGAAUACUGUAGUACCACCAUCAAUUAAUUUAGUACUCCCAUCGACUAAUGAGGAACAUACAACAAAGAUCAAUGUGGUACCUCUUAUUGAUGAUGUUGAAUCAACGACCGAAUCAGCAUUACCUCCAUCUACUUCCAAAAAAGAUGAGGAACUAAUAAAAAUUUGGCAUUGUCGAAAUUGGCGAGUGGAGAGAAGUUACCGCUAAUUUUUAGUCCGAUGAACAACCGACCAUGUUGUGAAAACAGGAAAAGGUGGUCUCGUCACUUAGGGGCUUCAGUGCGUGAUAAUCAAGUCAUUCCACACCGCACUUUGAAAUGGGAAUUUUUAACUCCGACGGUUAUAGAUCAUUUGUGGCAGACGGCAACUGAUAAAUUUGAUAGUUAAAAUAUGUCUAGCUAUCGCGAUGCCACAUUGAAACACAUGAACGAUUUGUGGGAUAAUUGGAGAUGUGAAAUAAAUUUGAAGCAUAUCAAGCCCCACAUGGGUAAUUUAGUAAGAAUUAAGGCUGACAAACCACAUGAAAUUUUACAAGAGGAUUGGGAUUGGUUAAUUACACAUCGCUUCUCGACCGAUCGUUUCAAGAAAAUGAGCACAACUAAUUCUAAUAAUAGAAAAAAUGUAUUGUUUGUGCAUCAUUCUGGGAGCAAACCUUUUUCACAAGUACAACAUGAAAUGGAAUUAAGGUACGGACAUCCACCAACUUUUGAAGAUGUCUUUCUUGAGACUAGGAAACAAAAGGACAAAACCGUUGAUCCUACUGUACAACUCAAAGUUGAUGAAAUGCGAGCGGUGAGAUUAGAAAAUCCGUCAAUUUCAAAUAUUAAUUUAGCUGACAUGGUAUUUGGGCAUCAAAAGCAUGGAUCUGUGAUUGAAAUGGGAGGAGGAGUCCUUCCUUCACAAUUGAGAAAUAAAGAAUCACAACAAAGCUUCCACCAAGAAAAUAUUGCCCUUAAGAAUGAAUUACAAAAGUUAGCUGAUCAUCAAAAGGCAUAUGAAGCUAGAACUGAAGCCAAACUAAAAGCAGUUCACGAUGAAAGAUUGGCUGAUAAAGCUGAAUUUGAGAAAAGGUUGGCAAUUAUAAUGUCAUUUAUGUCACCCAAUUCAUCAAUGCCUCCCACUUCAUCAAUGCCACCAAGUGUAUCGCUUCAUGAUAUAGGUCAGACUAUUAUGUCAUUACAUAUUUUAUUGUUUAUAUUCCUAUGAAAUAUUAUUUUGGUUAUUUUAACUUGUUAACUAUUUCAUAGAUGAGUUCAUUUUGGAUGAUA